UCGACGCAUGGAGGAGCAAGUGCAACCGAGGGCGUCGACGACGAUCGGAGCGGGCGGCGGCCGGAGCAGUGGCACGAGUGGUAGGUGGUACCGGUAGGGAGCAGUAGCAGCGAGCAAAAGGAUUGGCCUUUUGCGAGUGGAAGAAUGCAGAGUGCAGAAUGCAGCAUGCAGCAUGCUUCAUCGGUCGGUUCGCGUGGAGGAGGAGGAGAAAGCUGACAGACUGUCAGGCCGCCGUAGCAUUUUCUCAGGCUGCCUUGGCCGGACCCUGGUCGUUUUUUUUUUUUUUUUUUCUGAAAUUGCCUGUGCUGUGCUGCUGGAGGCCGAGGAAGGAAAAAGGCCCAAUCACGCCCGGGAUUCUCUCGUCGCUUUUUCUUCACAAAAUAGCUUGUGAGCUGGCCGGGCUGGGCUUGUUGCUUGCUUCUGCCGCCACUGCUGAUGCUGAUCUUGCCAUGUGCCAUAUGCGUGCCCGAGCUGUAGGCCCGCAGCAUGCCCGCGCGCCCAUAGCUCCAGCUCCUCGCACAGCUCCCGCCCCCAGCUCCGAAUAGCCCGUGAGCCCGUCCGUCCCCUACCUCUUACGCGAUCGGGCCCGGGCGACGGGCUGAGUGAAAAAAGUGCUCUAAACUGCCACUAAGCACGCAGUUUUUUUCACUCUGACAACUGCCCGACCAAUCAUCGCGGCACCAUCUUCUGAGAGCUCCCAGAGCUUGCCAAAGCCUCUCCGUCGGCAAAAGAUGGAACCCUGCCUUUGCA